GACCGUAAGAAACUGUUAAGUUGUCGCCGGUAAACAGCUGUUAAGCUGGAUUUAAGCGCCAUUUAACUAUUUGCAUUUUAGCUGCGUCGUGUCGAACAUGAUUUAUUAAACCAGCACUUAAUUUACGCAAUAUGGCGAGGGAAAUAAUUUUGAGAAUCAAAAUGCCAAGUUGAAAGAAAGUCUGAGCAAAAAUAAUUGCUUGCUGUUAAAUAACAGUCGCAGCGAAUGUUAAAUGUCUGCUGCUGUUAAGCUAUCACUACAAGUAAGAAGAAGAAAUAUUUUUGUUUUUUUCGGCCGUGUGUUUUUUUUGCUGCUCUGUCCUUAUUUUUCGUGUUGCAUGCUGAAAAAUAAAGAAGAAAAUUAGAACGUAGAACGCAUAUAAAUAGAAAGUGUUGAGUGGAGUCGCUGCAAUGUCAGCAUUUACGGAAUCGGCGCUACUCAAGAAAUUAUCUGAAUUGAAUACGAGUCAGCAGAGCAUACAAACAUUAUCCUUAUGGUUAAUCCAUCAUCGCAAACAUCACACGAUUAUUGUGCAAACCUGGCAACGGGAGCUACAGAAUGUGGCUGAGCCCAAGAAACUGACAUUCAUGUACCUGGCCAACGAUGUCAUCCAGAACAGCAAGAAAAAGGGACCGGAAUACGGCAAGGAGUUUAGCAAUGUGCUGCCAAAAGUAUUCGCACACAUUGGCGAAAGCUGUAAGUCGGAUAAGCUGCUUGGCAGUCUGGGACGCAUAUUAAAUAUCUGGCAAGAGCGUGGCGUCUAUGAUGCCAAGACAAUUGCCGAUUAUCGCGGCCGUUUGCAUAAGGAAUCCUCAUCCUCAGCAGCAGGAGCAGCUGGAGCUCAUCCUGUAGCAGCUACAGGGAAUGGCAAUGGCAAUGGCACAACCAAGACUCCCAGUGAUAAGCACAGCAAAGUGACAGACAAGUCGGAGAAGCGGGAGAAACGCAAGCAUGAGGAGCGUCUGUCCAAAUCAAAAAGAUCACGCACAUCUCAUCAUGCCACAGCUGCAACUCCAAUUGUGGAGCCAGCUGCUCCAGCUGCAGAGCCAGAAAAUGGUCAUACGCCACCAUAUUUGCCACUGGGUGAACCACCUGAGCCCGAGGAGCUCAUCAAGGCAUUGAACAGCAUUGAGAACUCGGCCUCCAGUGAUGCCUUGGUGCGGGAAAGAAUUGCCAAGUUGCCGCCAGAGAUAUCCGAAAUCAGCUGCAUUAGCAAGCUAGAGGAUAAGGAGAAGGCCAAGUUGUUGGCCAACCAGGUUAACGAGGCCGUUGAUCUGCUGAAUGAUUACAAUGCACGUCUCGCUGCUGAGAUGGAGCAGCGCACCAAGUUGGCUGCCAUGUUAAGGGACUUUCAGGCGGAGCAGAAGGAGCUACUGGCUCAGGCCGAGCAACGUUUGGAUGAACACAAGAAGAAGCUGGCCAAGAUGUUGGGCUUGCAAAAAGAGAUCCACGAUCAUUUAUCGAAUCUGCCCGAUCUUACCCAGCUGCCGGAUGUAACUGGCGGCUUGGCGCCGCUUCCCUCAGCCGGGGAUCUCUUCAAUACGCUACACUGAGAGGAGAGUCGAUCUAGACAAAGAUCUGGACAAGAUUUGCAUGGAUAUCCAAGUUACCACAGCAGCUGCACACCAAGAUAUGAGAGGAUUCAAAGUCCUAGUUUCUUACAUGAUAAAUAUACUUCUAUUAUUAUUACAAAAUGGAGCCUAAUUUGGUCGCAAUCGCUUGAGACACUUUCACCAAGUAAAUUCAUAGAUGAUAAAUAAGAUAAAAAAAAAACAUGUUUAUAAUCUACAUUUAUUGACGGUUAAAUAGAGCAUAUAAUUACCUAA